CAUGCCAACAGAGGGACCACUAAACAUUAGGCGAAGACGACGGCACAAAGCGGACAUCGAUAAAACAGCAGCACAAAACACAACGCUGCUAAAUGUUUGUAAACAGCUGCGGAGCGGCGAUGCCGCCAGGGGGCGCUCUGCUACAGACGGCGUUGCCAGCACGAAAAUGUGACAAAAAUGCUCCUCUGCAUCUGAACGCCAUAUUUGAUUCUUCUGCAUUUUAUAAAAAGAAGAAAGCGUGAAUUUUCAAUUUAAAAUGCGAGUUAUCACCAUAAAAAUAGUGAAAAGAUCCAGCUAAAAUAUGCUUUAACCCGGGCACAAGGGAUACAGCGAACGAGUACUACCAGCGGCGUCACACAGUUGCGUUUUUGGGAAAGUCUCCGAGCUCUUCAGAUAUGGAGCAAUAUAUAGUGCCCCUAGAGGAUCCAGUGUACUCCGAUUUGCAGGUAGUGCAAAUGCCCCAAGAUGAGGUUGGGUCCUUGGUGCUGCAGGACGACCAGCAAUUGGUGUUUAACGAGCAGCAGCAAGUUGUGUACCAAACCGCAGCUCCAUCCCAGUAUCAGCAGCCGCAACAGGCGCCGGCACCUGCUUACCACAUUAUUGGUGGCGAUGAUUUGGCCCAGCAGCAGCAGCAACAACACCAACAGCAGCAGCAGCAGCAACAGCAGCAGGUCGUGAUGCAUCAUCAGCAACACCAAGUACAGCAGGUACACUACCAGCAGCAAGACCCCCAGCAGCAGCAGCAAAUCCACAUGGAGCAACAGCAACAACAACAGCAGCAGCAACAGCAACAGCAACAAUAUGUGCAGCACCAGCAACCCGCCAUUCAGCACACUCAGCAAAUUUACUACACCUCCGAGCAAGUACUGCAGCCCAAUGCCAUUGUCCAGCACAUGCAGCAGCAGAAGAAGCAGCAACAGCAGCAGCAGGUGCUACAACAACAGCAGCAGCAAUACCAACAGCAUGCGCCCACCUAUCAGGUUCAGGCUUCUCCCCAGCAACAACCCCAGUUGCAGCAACAACAGCAGCACCCGCAAGCGCAGCAGCCACAAACGCUCCAGCUGCAAACGUCGCCUGCCCAGCAGCAGCAACAGCAGCCGCAGCAGCAUCAGCAAAUCGUCUACCGCAUGACAACCACCCAGCAACCUCAAAGGCCAUUAAGUAUGCUGAACAACACUCAUGUGAUCGUCCAGCAGCAACCGGUGUUGAUCCAAGCCCAGCAGCAUCAGGAGCUGAUUAUGCGGCAGGCCACCGCCAUUCAUCCGUACAAUAAUCGAGUUGUCUACGCCACUUCACCGCAGCACCAGCAGCAACAGCACGUCCUCCAGCAACACGUUCAGCAACAGCAAGUGCAGCAGCAGCAGCAACAGCAGUUGCAACUCCAGGCCACCACUCAGACAGCUCACUUGGUUCAGGCUCGCGUCGUGCCGCAGCAAACUCAAAACGUGGUCUACCAGCAGCUUCAGGUCCAGAAGGUCCAGCAGCAACAGCCCCAGCCCCAGCAACAGCAGCAAGCACCACAGCAGCAGCAACAGCCUCAGUUGGUGCAACAGCAACAGCCGCAACUGGUAGCUACCUCUGCCGCCGGCGGAACGCAACUGGUGAGAGCCUCUUUCAGGGGGAAAUCCCCGCGUGGAGGAGCUGUCGUGGCCAGACCAGGCACCCUUAUAUCCACCAGACCCACGCUCACGCCGACGACCAUCGUGAGGCAAGUCCGCCCGCGAGGUGGAGGUGGAGUCGUGGGUGCCUCCGUGCCCGGCGGAAUCGUUCGGAAUAUGCGUCCGACCGGCAUACGGCCAACUCGAGCUCAAUUGGUUGUGCAAACGAGCGGCGCCGACGGUGGUCAGACCAUGCAGAUAGUGACCCAGACCCAGAUGAAGCACAUCACUAUCAGCACGAAUCUCGGCCAGCAGCAGCCUCAACAACAGCAGCAGCUGCAGCAGCAACAGCGUCAUAUUUAUCGCACCCACAUGGUCAGCGACGGGAGUCCCCAGCAGCAACAGCAGCAUCACAUGCUGAUGAUGCGCCAGGCUCCCAUUCGCUAUAGAGCUCCCGUUGCGUUGGCCUCAGCUGUGCCCACUCCUGUACCCACAGCAGCGUCCGCCGCUAAUCCCGCUGGUGGAGUGGUCCAAGCCACGAACAGCAAUAUUGGCAUGGACCUGGAGGAUCGUAUUCAGGCGGCAGUCCUCAAGAAGGAACAGCAGAAGCCUCAGCCGCCACCGCAGCUGCCUCCCAUGCAGAUAGGAACCGGUACUACUCUAACCACCUACUAUCCCGGACCAGGAGCAGCCACCCAGGAAGAGGACCAACAACAACAGCAGCAGCAGCAGGUCGUGCAGGGCCAGGUCCAGGGUAUGCGUACCGCUGGAGGAGCCAGCAUGACUCUGGCGGAGUUUAAGAAGCGGCAAACCCUCAGUGCUUCACCAUCACCCAACCCCGGCCUCACCCCCAUGAGGGCCGCAACCCCAGGAACACUAGUGAGGCCAGCGUCCAAGCUGCAGGGUCAAGGAGGCGGAGGACUGCCGCCGGGCACGAGGAUUAUGCAGCCCCAAAGGACGAUUCCAGCGCCAGUGGUGGCUCAAGUUCCCACCGCUCCCACCGCCCCCGCCACAGCUUCAACUGCCUCGCAGGGCUCGUCCGUGCAGCAGACCUCGCACAACAACUACGAGAUCCACUCGCAGCAUGUCCUGAACAACCGGGCCGGCCAGCCCAUUGCGGAACGCGACAAGAACAGCGCCAAGAUGCUAGUGAUCCUGGCCAGCGGCGAGCAACGUUUAAUCACCUUCACCCUGCCCCGCGAAUCCUGCACGGUGCAGGACCUCCUCGAGCAGGUCGGCGUGCCCUUUGACAACGCCACCACCAUACAGUGCGUGGAGCACCGCGGCGCCAACGUGGAUUUCGUGGUCACUGUGGGCUUCUCGGUAAACGAGUCUGCCAGCGAAUUGAUAUCCCGGGCGGAGGAAAGCCUGCAGAUGAACCGUUCGCAGGACAACCCAGCCCCAGUGCCCGGAGGAGCCGCUGCCAAUCCUGCCACUUCGAACGCUGCCCCUUCGUACGCCCAGGCAAACGCUGCCGCCGAGCGCAAACGAGAGGCCGCAAGUUCAGCAAACCAAACGAAUGCCAUGGGCGCAGCAUCUUCCGGAGCAGCAGCAGCAGGAGCAGCAACUCCUGCGGAGAGUCGCAAGCUAAUCGAUGGCUUUCUCGCCGUGUGCCAACUAUGUGGCUUCACGGGCAUGGAUCACGCUCGCUGUGAGCGCUGCAAGCGCGUCUUCCCCGAGCCCCCCAAGCGAAAGUCCUACAUUGCCAAGUCAAGUGCUGCCUCCUCGCCAGCCUCCUCCUCGUCUACGGCCAGUGACCAGCAGCAGCCCCUGACAGCAGGAGCAGCUGCGGCGGAAAAGAAACGAGAACUGGCGGCCGUCGCUCGAUACGGCAAGCAGCUGGCUGGAGUGGCCUACCCAGGAGUGGGAGCUGGUGCCCGUGGCAGAGGAGCGAUGGCCAUACGUGGCGGCAGAGCCAGAGGCGGCAGGCGGGCAGCUGAGGUGGAUCCGGUGGUCUUGCUAAGCAGUGAGGAUGAAGCCGAUGCCGAUGAGACCAACACGGAGACGGGAAAUUCCUCGACGAAUUCCAAACUGAAUUCAAAUGGAAAUCUCCACCAAUUGCCCGCCGCCUUUGCCUGCGAACCACAGCUACCCGAGAUAGAUGAGGAGCCCUUGUACAAAGACUUUGUGCGCGGCGACGUGACGGAUCUGUCUGAUAUCCCGGAGACGGAGCGCUUCUCCACAUCGGUGAACUGCAGCUGCAUCCGUUUGGUGCCCUACCGCUACGAGAUCACAGAGCCGAUAACCUUCACAUCGAAGGGCGUCCGCAUCGCAGGCGUUGUGCCGGACAAGGAUACAAAGUUUACGCUGCACAUCCACAAGCACGAGGUGAUCAAGGUAAUAGCGCACUUUGGUAGCGCGGAGCCCGCUCUGCCACUCGUCACGCUCUACCUGCUCAAGACGUGCGCCCAGUAUGUGAAGACGCAGCUCCUCCUGCCUGACGAUCAGGCCAGCGAACAAACCUGUUUCAAAGGCACCAGUUCGUUCCACAUUCGCCGCCUCAUCCUAAUCUUUGACAGCAUCUCCCCCUCAGCUCGCGGCACCAUCAAGUCAAUGUUUAGUUGCGUGGACGAGAUUUCCUCGCACGAUGCGGCAGAGAUCCUGGAGCGGCUCGCCGAUUCAGACCGCAAGGCACUGGAUAAGAGCUCACAGCAGCCACCGCCGCCGCGCCAAUUGAGGGCCGAUGAGCAGGUCAACCUUCUGAUGUAUCCGCCCAAGACCUCCGGCAGCCUGUGCAUACGGAUGGAGGACUAUGUGUGUCUCACCAAGGAGUCGUACCUCAACGACAUAAUCAUUGAUUUUUACCUCGUCUGGCUGCGCAACACCCAGAUUCCGGAGGCUCUGCGCGAGCGUACUCAUAUUUUUAGCACUUUCUUUUACAAACGCCUGACAACGCUGACGCGUCCCACGGACAUGAAGCAGACUGCCGCCCAGAAGCGUCAUGCCCGCGUCCAGAAGUGGACCAAGGGCGUGGAUAUCUUUGACAAGGACUUCAUUAUCGUGCCUAUCAACGAGCAGUCGCAUUGGUUCCUGGCCAUCAUCUGCUUCCCCAACCUAAAAGGACCCGUGACCUACGACACCAACCAGCCUGUGGAGCCGCAGCAGCUAAAGCGACCGCGCGGCAAGAAGGUGUCGCUUCAGAUUGGCAACACAACUAUUACACCACUGACUAAGAGGGGCGAAGGAGGACAGCUUCCGGCCGCCCUCACAUCAGAUAAUAUCUGCCGCAUAGCGGACGAUGAGAGCGAGCGUGAUGAGGCUGAGGGAGAUGACAGCGACAUGGCAUCGGAGGACAGUGAGAACUCGAAUUCCGCCAAGGAAUCCUCUACGGCUACACCCGCUAGCAGCAGCACCCCGAAACCAUCCGCACAGCCCACGGCGUCCAGCGGUCCAGCUAGGACCUGCGGAGCCGACGAUGUGCCCGCCGUGAAGCAGCCGCUGAUCCUCAUCUUCGAUUCCCUGGCGGGUGCCUCGCGCAGCCGCGUGGUGGCCACGCUGCGUGAUUACCUCACCUGCGAGUAUCGCGUGAAGAAGCCGGAUGCGCAGGCGCACGUCUUCAACAAGGACAACAUGCCCGGCCACUGCGUUAAGGUGCCGCAGCAGAACAACUUCACCGACUGCGGCCUCUACCUGCUGCAGUACGUGGAGCAGUUCUUCAGCGAGCCCAUCCGCGACUACCGGCUGCCCAUUAAGCAGCUGACCAACUGGUUUGACUUCCUCACCGUCACCAAGAAGCGCGAGGACAUCGCCAAUCUCAUCCAGCAGCUGAUGGACGAGGGCAAUAAGCAGCAGCAGCGCCAAGUCCUGCCGGUGAUAGAGUUUCCCACCCUCAACGGCCAGCUGGUUGAGUAUCCCGAGGACACGGAGAGCGCCGAGUUUGAGGAGGAGGAGGGCCACGACGACGAGGAGCCUUCCAGUGAUCUGCACGACGAGAACAAUGCGGGCACUGACAUGGAAGUGGAUCCUGUGAACGAGGAGGUGCCCACGCAGACUGCCAAAACCGGCACAUUGGCCAUCGUGCCGGCAGCCCCGGCGACAGCCCCGGUGGCCGCCCCGGCGGCCUCCAAGCGUUUUGUGCUGAAGCGGCGCCUGCAAAACGGUUCCGCCUCAGGUCCCAGUAAUGGGAACGGCACCGGGGAGACCAGCAACGGGGGUCCUCUCAUGCCCCAGGUGGCUAACGCGGCAACUGCAGGUGCGGCGUCGGUGGCAGGCUCACCUGGAGUUCCGCUAACACCGCGCGGCCCCAGCGGAGGCCUAAAAAUACGCAAGAUCGAACCGUAGCAGGAGCAGCAGCUUCUCCUGCUGACCCACCACCUGCCUGCGCUGCUCCAGCUGCCACAGCUGCGGCACCCACACCUGUAAAUACACUAUCACACACACACCCCCACACCCCCACCAACACUGGUUGGUUACUAUUUGUAAUGAUUCGCCUAAUUAUGAUAUAUCCUUCCCCCCUUUAAUCGCUAAUUAAUCAAUAAAGAAUUUAAAAUAAA